AACAAUACAUGCGCCGUAGUCGUUGCGCAGCUAAUUAUAUAAUUUGUAAUUAAACAACAAUGUCUUCAGUUGAGUAUUUGAGAGAGUUUGUCAACGAGCGACUAUCUGCUGCUGCUGAAGAAAUAUUCGGAGUUUUUGUGAAAAAUAUCGUCGCGUACGAGGAAGAGAUCGACCGUCAGCGCAGGCUGUUGGAUAUCGUCUGGAAACCUGACAUUAAGUUACACAGGAUAGAGCUCCCACAGCAACAUGUCUGUAAGGAGGAGGAGGUUCUCUCUGACCAGCAGCUCUGUAAUCAGGAGAGGAACUCCAGUCUGGACCAAGAGGACCCAGAUCCUCCACAGAUCAAAGAGGAACAGGAGGAACCCUGCACCAGUAAGGAGGGAGAGCAGCUUGAGCUGAAGCAGGAGACUGAGACCUUCAUGUUGACUCCUACUUAUGAGGAAAGUGACCACACUGAAGAUGGACUUCUGUACUUGUGUACUGAUGAAACCCAAAGUGUGGUACAGGAAACAUCUCUUGGCUACAUUUUAGUUGAAAGUGCUGUAGUACCGGAACCAAACAAUGACCACCAGCUCCUCUCACACAACUCUCAUGAAGCUGAAAGCCAAGAUCAGAAAGGAGGCAAACGUGGAGACUCUGAAUCAAAUAAAAAUGGAGGGCCUAAACAAAUAGAUCACAAAAGCAACAGUCAAAGUAACAAUGUGUGCAACCCCACUAUGUCAACAAUUAACUGUAAUACAAUCACAGGUAAAGAGUUCUUGCAAUGCGACACAUGUGGAAAACAUUUUAAGUAUAAGUCAACACUGAAGAGACACCUGAGAAUCCACACAGGUGAGAAGCCACAUUCGUGUAACACGUGUGGAAAAAGAUUUAGUCGGACAUCAACGUUAAACUCUCAUAUGAGAACACACACAGGUGAGAGACCAUAUUCUUGCCUCACCUGUGGGAAGAUAUUCAGUCAGAUGUCAACAUUGAAUGGACAUGUAAAAAUACACUCAGGUGAGAAACCGUAUUCAUGCAAAACCUGUGAUAAAGUCUUCAGUCGGUCAUCACUUUUGAGUUCUCAUUUAAGAAUCCAUACAGGUGAGAAACCGCAUUCUUGCAAAACCUGUGGGAAAAAAUUCAAUCGGAAAUCAUUAUUGAUCAGUCACAUAAGAAUCCACACAGGUGAGAAACCGUAUUCUUGCAACAUAUGUGGGAAAAGUUUCAGUUGGACGACACUAUUGAAGGCUCAUUCAAGAGUGCACACAGGUGAGAAACCGUAUUCUUGCAAAUCAUGUGGGGAAAGAUUUAGUUGGACAUCACAACUGAAGACUCACAAAAGAGUCCAUACAGGUGAGAAGUCAUAACAGCAACAUCUGUGGGAAAGUAUUGUUUGAAUUGGAAAAGGCAUAAAAGAAAGGCUUCUAUUCAAACCCACACAAACAAAGAGCCACAUUAAUGCAGAACAUGAGGGAAAAGUUCAUCUUAAAUGUCAUACCUGAUAAAACAAUCAAUAAACAGGACAAACCAAUUCCUCCUGAGUGUUCUCUUAGUAAAAUCACUUUUGCAAUGGCAUCAUUUUUAUAACUGUAUGUAAAACAUUUCACAUGAAAAAAAGGGGGUCACAACAAUUUUUUUAAUUAAGUAAUACAUUAAUAACUGCAUCAUUUUUUUUUUAUUUCCUUCAUGGUAUAGUAUCACUCAUAUUGCUGUUAGUAACUAUACAAUUUUGUGAUUGGUUCUAUUUGAUAUAAGGUGACUUGUGGAAAAAUUAAAAAAGAUAUAUGAAUGUCAUAUAGGUUUAUAUGAUAAUAUGUAUCUGUUUGGCAUUGUGAAAGGCCUACAUCGUUCACACUCGGCAUGCAUUAUGUGAACAGGCUCUUGUUGUCUAAUAUGAGGACCUUGUAGAUAUGUGUGAUUAUAUUCCGUAUGAUGUGAGAUAUAAAGCAUAAACCUGUGUGAAUGUCCUGUUACUUAAAGAUGUUGAUAUGACUGUUUCUAUGCAUGCUGUACCAAGAUCUUUUCUGGCCAGAUUUGUGUUGUAAUACAUGUAUAUAUUCAAGUAAUUAUAACUGGGACUCAUGGAGUUAUUACUAUAUAAUUAUCUAUGUUAAGAUUGACCUGAAGCACAAGUUUGUGUCAACACAAGAUGCAUGCAAUAGUACGUACUUUGUAAGGGCAGCUCUAUGUAUUAAAAAGAAAAGAGUUAACUAUU